CGCCCGGCAGUUUGUGAGCUCUCAAAUCCAUGCGGAGCUCCAGUCAAAGUGCUGAGAUCCGGAUGAGGGAGCCGCUUUCAGCCUCAUCCAGCACAGCAGACUCAAGUUCAACCGAAAACAGCCGGGAUAGGCUUCGGGAGUCCACUCCAGAGUUGGAGAAGCACCCCGGGAUCAUAGUCUUGUCCGCGGACGGGAUUCAGGACGAAGAGGAGCAACUCUGUCAGAGCUAAAGAGAGGAGGGGACACCGGCAGCCAAGAUGGAGGUGAAAACAUCACUUCUAGACAACAUGAUCGGAGUUGGGGACAUGGUCCUGCUGGAGCCCCUUACUGAAGACUCAUUUCUGGAGAACUUGAAGAAGCGCUUUGACCACAAUGAGAUCUAUACAUAUAUUGGCAGUGUGGUGAUCUCCCUGAACCCUUACAGAUCCCUGCCCAUCUACACGCCAGACAAAGUGGAGGAGUAUCGCAACAGAAACUUCUAUGAACUUAGCCCCCACAUCUAUGCUUUGGCAGAUGAGGCCUACCGCUCACUGAGGGACCAGGACAAGGAUCAGUGUAUACUCAUCACUGGGGAGAGUGGAGCUGGGAAAACUGAGGCCAGUAAGCUGGUGAUGUCAUAUGUGGCAGCAGUGUGUGGGAAGGGCCAGGAGGUGAACAAGGUCAAGGAACAGCUGCUGCAGUCCAAUCCUGUGCUGGAGGCAUUUGGAAAUGCAAAAACUGUACGGAAUGACAACUCUUCAAGAUUUGGAAAAUACAUGGACAUAGAGUUUGACUUCAAAGGAGAUCCGCUGGGUGGAGUCAUCAGCAACUAUCUGCUGGAGAAGUCACGAGUGGUGAAACAGCCUAGAGGAGAGAGGAACUUCCACAUCUUUUAUCAGCUCCUGUCUGGAGCUCCAGACGACACGCUGAAAAAGCUCAAGCUGGAGCGAGACUUCAGCAAGUACAACUACCUGAGCCUGGACUCUGCCACGGUCAGUGGGCUGGAUGAUGCGGCCAACUUCAGGACAGUCAGAAAUGCCAUGCAGAUUGUUGGCUUUAUGGAAGAUGAAAUGCAGUCGGUGCUGGAGCUUGUAGCUGCUGUUCUAAAGCUUGGCAACAUUGAAUUCAAGCCAGAAUCGCGUUGCAAUGGCAUGGAUGAGAGUCGCAUCAAAGACAAAAAUGAUUUGAAGGAGAUGUGUGAGCUGUUGGGAACCGAGCAGUCUGUACUGGAGAGGGCCUUCAGCUACCGAACAGUUGAGGCCAAGAUGGAAAAAGUUUCCACCACUCUGAAUGUUGCUCAGGCUUACUAUGCCAGAGAUGCUCUGGCCAAAAAUCUCUACAGCCGUCUGUUUAGCUGGCUGGUGACCAGAAUUAACGAAAGCAUAAAAGCACAAGCUAAAACCCGCCACAAGGUGAUGGGUGUACUGGACAUCUACGGCUUUGAAAUAUUUGAGGACAACAGCUUUGAGCAGUUCAUCAUCAAUUACUGCAAUGAAAAGCUGCAGCAGAUUUUCAUCGAGCUGACUCUGCGUGAGGAGCAGGAGGAGUACAUUAGAGAGGGCAUUGAAUGGACAAACAUUGAGUAUUUCAACAAUGCCGUCAUCUGCGACCUCAUUGAAAAUAACCAAAACGGCAUUCUGGCCAUGUUGGACGAGGAGUGUCUGAGGCCCGGGACAGUUACCGACGAGACCUUCUUGGACAAGCUGAACACGAUCUGCGCUGAUCACCAGCACUUUGAAAGCCGUCUGAGCAAGAAUUCAAAAUUCCUUAACGACCACAGCCUGCCACACAACUGCUUCCGCAUCCAGCACUACGCUGGCAAGGUGUUGUAUCGUGUUGAAGGCUUUGUUGACAAGAACAACGACUUGCUUUACCGGGACUUGUCUCAGGCCAUGUACAAGGCCAAUCACAGCCUCAUCAAACAGCUCUUCCCCGAGGGAAAUCCUGCAAAAGUCAACCUUAAACGGCCACCAACUGCUGGAUUCCAGUUCAAAGCAUCUGUUGGCACACUAAUGAGCAACCUGCAAUCAAAGAACCCAAACUAUAUUCGAUGCAUCAAGCCUAAUGACAAAAAAGCAUCCCACGUCUUCAACGGAUCCCUGGUCUGCCAUCAGGCGCGCUACCUCGGCCUGAUGGAGAACGUCCGUGUCAGGAGAGCGGGAUACGCCUUCCGUCAGGCCUACGAGCCUUGCCUCGAGCGCUACAAGAUGCUCUGCAAAAACACCUGGCCGCAUUGGAAGGGGCGUGCCAGACAAGGAGUGGAGGUGCUGAUGACUGACCUGCAGGUUCCAGCUGAAGAGUUCUCUUACUGCCGCUCAAAGAUCUUUAUCAGAAACCCAAGAACGCUCUUUUUCCUGGAGGAGAAGAGGAAGCAAUGCCUGGAGGACCUUGCAACUCUCAUUCAGAAAAUCUACAAGGGCUGGAAAUGUCGCAGCCACUUCCUGCUGCUGAAAAAGAGCCAGGUCGUGGUGGCAUCAUGGUACCGCCGAUACGCGCAACAAAAGAAGUACCAGAAGAUCAAGCAUGCUACCACCAUGGUGCAGUCCUACACCAGAGGGUGGCAGGCUCGGAAGCUCCUGAGAGAGCUGAAGUAUCAGAAGAAAUGUGAAGAAGCUGUGACCACCAUUGCAGCCUUCUGGCAUGGCACACAGGCUCGGAUGGAGCUAAGGCGUCUAAAACAAGAAGUACGGAAUAAACACGCUGUGACAGUAAUUUGGGCAUACUGGCAGGGAACCAAGGCCCGGAGAGAGCUACGUCAGCUGAAGGAGGAGGCGAGGAAUAAACAUGCCGUGUCGGUCAUUUGGGCCGGCUGGCAGGGCACCAAGGCUCGCAGGGAGCUCAGGAGGCUGAAGGAGGAAGCCAGGCGCAAGCAUGCCGUCGCUGUGAUUUGGGCCUACUGGCAGGGACUGAAGGUCCGCAGAGAAUACAGAAAAUUCUUCAGGGCAAACGCAGGCAAGAAGAUCUAUAACUUCACCAUCCAGAGGAUUAUGCAAAAAUACUUCCUCGGAUUGAAGAGCAAACUGCCCUCCAUGUCCCCGAUAGACAAGACCUGGCCUGCCAGGCCUUACUCGUUCCUGGAUGGAGUCCAUGCUGAGCUUCGGAGGAUUUUCCAUCUCUGGAGGUGCAAGAAAUACAGGAGCCGAUUCACAGAGGAGAAAAAGGCGGUGUAUGAGGAGAAGCUGGAGGCAAGCGAGCUCUUUAAAGAUAAAAAGGCUCUCUACCCAAGCAGCGUGAGACAGCCUUUCAAAGGAGACUACCUGGAGAUCAGCAAGAAUCCAAAAUAUCAAAAACUCAGCAGCGCCGUAGACGAAAAGAUUCUGCUGGCCGACGUGGUCAACAAGAUAAACAGGGCCAAUGGAAAGGGGUCAUCUCGACUCUUUCUGUUGACUAAGAAGAACGUUGUUCUGGCUGAUCAGAAAACUGGGCAGCUGAAAGCCAACGUCCCUCUUACAGACCUUGCGAGUGUGUCAACGAGCACGCAAACUGAUGGCUUCUUUGCUCUCAAACUCAAAGAGGGCUCAGCUUCUGCUGUCAAAGGUGACUUCUUGCUCAGCAGUGAUCACCUGAUUGAAAUCAUAACCAAACUGCACCGCAUCGGCUCCAUGGCUGCAGACAGAGAAAAGCUCAACAUUGACAUCUCAGACGAGUUUCUGGUGCAGUUCAAACAGGACAAAGUGUGCGUAAAAUUCAUCCAAGGUAGUCCCAAGAACGGCAACAGCGUAUCAUGCAAACGCAAAAACAACCGCCUGCUGGAGGUGUCCGUGCCCGCGUCGUCUUAAAGAGGAGAGGACCUGUCGGCCAACUCAGACGUUCUGGACUUGACAAUCACCACCCCUGUGCCAACCCUGAGCCCAAACACAUGCUGUCAUUUGGCUUCUUGUUGUGUUCUUUAUCUGAUUUUUUGUCAUGGCACCGCUAUAGCUGAAUAAUGGGCCACAAUUUUUUUUGGCAGAGAAAGCUCAAACUAAAGAGUUGCAUGCCACAGAAAUUUUGGUGUAAAGAGCUGAUGCCAGAGCACAACCGACUUUUUGUAUACCCGUGGCAAUGUCGCUGCCUCCAUGGUAAGCUAGUUUUCAGAGAAAAUGUCAAAAGAACUUAAAGAAGAUCUCCAACGGUUCAAACUCGUCUGCUUUUAAGCUGCUCUGACGCUGGUAAGAAAGAUGGCUUAAAAUUUGAGAUGAGCUAUGAUGCAGGAUUUGGGCACAAGUCUGUCGCAUUUAGUUCUUUGACACACCUGAAUACUCCACUUGCUUUCCCCUUUGUACCAGAGGGUCUGGCCUGAAAACUACAUUGAUUGUAUGUUGUUUUCUUAUUUUCUUGGAUUACAGCACAGUGGGCAGUUGUGUAAAAGUAAGAUAUAAUUUGCUAAAUAAUUGUAAAACACUUUGUAUUCAUUCUUACGUGCCAUUAAACAGGUGUAAACACAGUA